AUGGAAAUGGCCAAGCUGAAGGAAGUAAAAAGGGAAGCGAGCACAGGGAGGAGCAGGAGGGGGAUGAUGAUGGGAGUAGCUCCUACUGAUGUGGAAGAAGGAGAAGAAAAGGAGAGCAUCCCUGUAGGAGUACAAAACCAGUCGAAGGAGAAACAAACUUUUACCAACAAGGAAGAAGACACAAAUGUGUCACAUGGUAAGAGUAGUAACAUGAAGAAACUCUUCAACGGUAUCAUAGGAAGCCAAAUGAAACAAGCCAAAAGUGUUAUAGAAGGAGUGAAGGAACACAUAAGGUGCACAGCAAAGGAAGCGUCCAAAAAUAUAAAUUACCCAUUUUGUAAAUCUCCUUGUAGCAUUGACGAUAUUAAAAAUAGCAUCUACAUCAACGAGGGGGAAAUUGUCAUUAAUAAAAAUGCUUAUAAGAAUUUAUUCAGUAGUGGGAGGAGAAAGGAUAACAAGGACACGAAGGAAACACCUUAUGUGAAAAAAAAUUCAAAUGAAGAUAUUUUUUCCUGCAACAGUAGAGAUAUAAUUUUUCGUGGGACUUACAACUUUGGGUUCCAUGUUGAGCUUUCUUGUGAGAACGAAGAAAAUAAAAUUAUCGCCUAUGCAUACGAUAAGGAUACUAGGAAAAGGAUUCCUUGUGUUUAUCGCUGGACACGUAUCUACUGUGAUAAAAAAUGCAACGACGUUAGUAAAAGUUUCGCCGACUCGGCAAUUUCUCCUAGUGGUAACAGCAUUGAAUCUGUUGAUACCAUCUGUAGUAGUGCUGGAGGUGGGGGAAAAAGUUACUCAGAUGUGAAGAGCACCCAUGAGAUGGUAGUAGCUCAGUAUGGUAGUGAAUACGAAUUGACUUGUGAUGACAUAGGACUCAAAAUUUGUGUUGAGUGUUCUUAUCUGAACGAUGGACAAUUGAAAGAAGGAACCAGAUGUAAGUAUCCUACGAAAAGCGUAGCGACUUCGGUAGGAAGUCUGCACGAGAGUGAUGGAAGUGUCGGUAGUAAAUUUGCAGACCAAUCGCGUUGCAGUGAUGUUCAGCUAUAUAAUGACGUUUCCUCGUUUAAGAAUAGCUUCACCGAUAGUAAUGACGGACAGGGAUCGGGAGUGCUUUCACAUGAGUUAAGUUCCUUCCAACGUGGAGAUAGAGGUAGUGAUCUGUCCCGCUCUUCCAGUCGAGCCACUCCCGGAACAAACAACAAGCAUGAUAUUAGUAGGACAAAGGAAAGAAGAGACCUCCACAACAUUAAGAAAGAAUGCUUUACUUUAGAUCCAUACGAAUCAUCCUUGAAGGAAAAGAAUUUCCUUUGUGCUCCCCAACAAACGAGUGGCCAUGGGUCCAACACUGUCCUCUCCUCUAAUGCAAAGUACUGUGGAGUAGCAGUGGCCGAAGUAGGACCAUUCAGUCUGAACGAAAAGACGAAGAAGAUGCUUCAAACAGUUAUACAAAAUGAUAUUAUAAGAUACCCAAUAUAUGUUUUCCGGAAGAAUACCCGAGCUGAUGAUAAGGUCGGCAAGUCGUGUAAUGGAGGGGACCAAAUUAAUCACCUCAUUCGUUCAAGUGUGAAGCAGAGAGGAGUAAAAGGGUUUGAAGGGUAUAACGAUUGCACCAGUGUAGAUGAAACCAGCCUCAGCUCAAAUGUGGAGAGUGAACAGGACGAUCAUUUAUACAUGCUUCACAUUCACAAAAAUGAGAUUAAGCUUGUGAGUCAAAGUGGUAGGACAACACAGAUGUGGACCUACAAAUUCAGUGAUGUGUAUCCCUAUGUGGAAUUCUUACGUCAAGCCCAUACAUGUAGUGACCAAUUUUUUCUACACACUAGCGAUUCAGAAUAUUAUGUUUGCAAGUGCCUCCAGAAAAGCCACCGAGAUUUAAUAGCUAUCAUCCUGAGGUACAUGCAUGCGAACUUACAAAUUUUAAAUGAUUAUAUUUUUAAUAAUAUUAAUGAAAGUUUUAAAAAUAAAAAAGCCAAAAAUAUAUUUGACAAUGUAGAUGUAAAUUCUAUACUGGAAAAUAUGAACAAAGAACUGCUCACACAUCGCAAACUGAACCACAAGUAUCUGCAGAAGAUUAAGAAGCUGCGUGGCGAGAAAAAUAUUCUCGAGGAGGACCUUAAGAACACGAUUGAGGCGUUCCAGGCUCAGCUUGACACCGUGAAGAAGUUCAAAGAUGAAAACGAAUUAAUCAAAACGAAUGAACACCUCAUGAAGGAAAUAAAGCUGUUACAGGAUAAGUACAAAAAUGUAGAUUUAUUUUUUAAGAACAAGUACAAGCUCCUACUCAACGACAUCGAACGGUAUAAAAAGUUAGUGGACGAGAGAAAGACAAAGGCCAUCUCGCAGGAAGCAGAAACGCUACGGGCCAAACUGGAGGCCGCUGAGCAGGAAAAGAACGAGUUGCGAAGAGAAACCGCUAAGAUAAACAGCUAUUACCAGGAAGAGAAAAAAAGCAAAAUGGAGCUGGAGAGUCGCCUACAGGAUCUGAAUGUGAAGAUGGAAAAUCUGAACAAGUCCCUAGAGGAAGAAAAAAACACUUCUGGGUAUAUGAAGGAAAUAGAAGAGCUGAAAAAAAACAAUAUAAUGUUGCACCAGAAAAAUGUAGCUAUAUCGGAUCAGGUGAACCUUCUCGUCACGGAAAAAAACAGACUCUCUAAGAUGGUUGACUCGCUCACGAAGGACAUUGAGAAGGCCAAAACGAAUGGAGGUCUUCGAAGCCCAGAGAGUCAGAACGAGGAAGACAACCACCAGAAGCUACUAAAGGAAGUCGCAUCCCUACGGGGAGAAAACGAACUUUUAAAAAAAAGAAUAAAAAAGUUCGCGAAAUUUAAUUCUAUGGCUUGA